GCACGACGCUCGAUAUUGGUGUUCGCGAUGGGAUACUGCAUGAAUGGCGGUGCUCUGAGGAUGGUGUGGGUGUGUGAUGGAACGUUCUUCUUGGACGUGCGCAAUGAGUCUUCGCGAAAUGUCGCCGGUGCGCGUGAGGUGUGUGACGUCCGGGGACGGGGCGAUGGGUCUUGGCGGUGCGAGGGAUCUCGCCGCGAAGGUUUGCUUGGGGAGUCGCCAUUUCCGACGUUGCUUGGUGGCGGGGUUGCGAAUGGUUGGAAAAGGCCUCGGGAUCGAAGCAAGCGCAAUUUGCCGGUUGACGAAGUGCGGGGGGGAGGAGCGACCCUGAAAAGGCAAAGAAGGGAAGGAGGAAGUGGUCGGACGUCGACGACAAAAGAGCGCGGUUCCGUUGAGAAGAGGAAAAGGGUUGGAGGGGGGGAUAAUACGCUGAAAGACUCCUCGACAUGGCGAAGAACCGGUGAGUCCUCCGCGAAGAGGUUGAAGUCGACGAAGGAGAAGAAAGCAGAUGAGGGCGACACCGGGGAGGGGGAUGAUGGCAUGGAACUGAACCUAAAUACAUUUAACCUCGACAAAGUGUUCUUCCUGGAGAUGAAGACGGGGGUGCAAAAGGACGUUGUGUUGCAUGUCCAUCCCGAAAAAAUCUUGCAUAUUCCAGACUUGGAAGACGCAUACAACCACCGAUCCUUGGACGAGUUCCUCGUGGAUACCAUCGAGGAUGCUGUGAUCGACUACUACGAACGUCAAGACAUGAGAUAUACAAAGUCGACUUUCAUUUUGGCACCGAUCGUCACGCCACUGGUGAAGGACAAACCUGUUGUGCGAGUGCUGCCUCAAGACUUCGACGCCUCACACCCCGAGAAAUAUUGGUAUUAUCCUGUGUGUGGUCAGCAUAACGCGAGAGCGGCAAUGAAGGUGAAAGACCAUACCGUGUUCAAUUACUACACCUUCUGUGAAUGGCCAUUCAGACCAAUUUACUUCCCAGAUGACGAGUUCGACGGCUACGCCCAUGUCAGUUGCGAAGACAACCUGAAAGACAAGAAUAAUUCACCGAGGUUGCAGAUUUUGUCCAUGCAGGACAUUCGCAAUAUCUGGAAAAUUCAGGGGAGACCGCGUGUCAUCCUCGGUAAUGCGUCCAAGAAAAAGGAGGAGGUGCGUAAGUGGACUCAGAUCAUGGGCUUAGCAAUGAAGAAGACACCGUACACCCCUUUGUGGGGCUUGUCAAUGGAAGAAAAGAAGAAAAAGGAAUGGGCCGAGAAACUUCGGUACUACCUCCCACUGGCCAUGGCUGACGAGUCGGUCUUCGAGUUGGCGGAGAAGGUCUACGACUAAUGGUCGAAAGGAAAACUUAUGGCUUUCGACGGUCAGCGUUGGACUGAAAAGUCACCGACCCAUGC